GAAGGAGGUGCGUGCGGGUGAGUAAAGCGCCGAAGAGCGAGGUGAGGCACAGCUCAUUUCAGUUGGACCGUUGAGCUGUGGACCUCCUCGGAUUUUACAGCCUGAGGAAAAAAAAAAUACAAAAAAUAAAAGAAAAAAGAAAAAGAAAAAAAGAAAAGAGAAAAAAAAGAACUAACAACCCGCCCCUGUUUGGUGCGUAAAGCGCUCCUGACCCGGACCGCUGUGCGCUCUGCGGCUCGCUGUGGCUCACCUGGUGCUCUGAAGCGGAUGAGAGAAGACUCUGCAGACCAAAAAACUUUUUUCACCGCGGUGUCCAACAAAGUGCCAACAGUAUGCCUAAACAAGUGGAGGUGAGGAUGCACGAGAGUCACCUGGAGCCCAUUGAAGCCAGGCCCCAGUCAAAAUGUGCUCAGAUAUGCUCCAAGAUGUUUAAGAACCUCCUGCUCACACUCACUGUCCUCGGUGUGAUCUUGGGAGCAGUAGCAGGGAUGUUGCUUCGGGUUGCCUCCCCAAUCCACCCAGAUAUUGUCAUGGUGAUYGCUUUUCCUGGAGAUAUCCUGAUGAGGAUGCUGAAGAUGUUGAUCUUGCCACUCAUUAUCUCUAGUUUAAUCACAGGUCUGGCCGGUCUGGACGCCAAAUCUAGUGGUCGCCUGGGCACCAGAGCUAUGGUCUACUACAUGACAACCACUGUUAUUGCUGCUGUCCUGGGAGUCAUCCUGGUCUUAGUCAUCCACCCUGGCAACCCCAAACUGAAGGAGAAUCUGGGYGAGGGCGAGAAAAAUGACGACGUGUCCAGCUUGGAUGCCUUCUUUGAUCUGAUCAGAAACCUUUUCCCRGAAAACCUGGUGCAGGCUUGUUUCCAGCAGAUUCAAACAGUCACAAAGAAAGUUGAAGUGGCUAUUGAGGAGGAAGUCAAUGCCACAAGUGUGGAGGGCCUUGUGGCUAACAUUACCAAGGAGCCUCAAUACAUCAUCAAAAAGUCCCUUCAGUUUAAAAGCGGCAUGAAUGUGUUGGGUUUGAUUGGGUUCUUUAUCGCCUUUGGCAUCUGCAUGGGUAAGAUGGGAGAGAAGGCCAGACUCAUGAUUGACUUCUUCAAUAUCCUCAAUGAGAUUGUGAUGAAACUCGUCAUCAUGAUCAUGUGGUACUCUCCCUUUGGUAUUGCCUGUCUGAUUUGUGGCAAGAUCAUCUCCAUCAAAGACUUGGAGGUGGUGGCCAGGCAGCUUGGCAUGUACAUGGUGACUGUGAUCAUUGGCCUAAUCAUCCACGGAGCCAUCUUCCUGCCCAGUAUUUACUUUGUUAUCACCAGGAAAAACCCUUUCACMUUCUUCCUGGGCGUCUUCCAGGCCUGGAUCACUGCUCUGGGAACAGCUUCCAGUGCUGGUACACUGCCUGUCACCUUCCGUUGCCUGGAGGAGAAUCUGGGAAUCGACAAAAGAGUUACUCGUUUUGUGCUCCCAGUCGGUGCCACCAUCAACAUGGACGGCACUGCUUUAUAUGAAGCUGUGGCUGCCAUUUUUAUUGCUCAGAUGAAUGGCGUCAUCCUUGAYCCCGGUCAGAUUGUCACAGUCAGUCUGACAGCCACUUUGGCCAGUGUUGGGGCAGCCAGUAUUCCCAGUGCCGGCCUGGUGACCAUGCUGUUAAUCUUGACGGCUGUUGGCCUGCCAACCCAGGAUAUCAGUCUGCUGGUUGCUGUCGACUGGCUGCUGGAUCGAUUCAGGACCUCUGUGAACGUAGUGGGCGACUCCUACGGUGCGGGGAUCGUGUACCACCUGUCUAAAGCAGAGCUGGACGAGCUGGACGCGCACAUGGCUAAAUCCGACGACAUUGAAAUGAUGACAAAGACCCAGACCUAUUACGACGACAUGAAGAACCACCACGAAAACAAUUCCAACCAGUGCGUUUUACCCACAACUGCUUCCACAACYRCAACUGCYAAAGCUAACAAUUCUGUCUUAGUAGAUGAAUGCAAGGUAACCUCAGCCACUAACGGCUCUGCUGCGGAGUGCACGCUUGUCGAGGAGGAACCGUGGAAACAUGAAUAAUGGCAGCGCAGAGAUCCCCUGCUCCUGGGCUCCACAAGCUUUCCUAUCUGGUGAUUUAAAAAAAAUAAGAGUGAAUGAAAUGUCACAUGAACAGAACUACUAAUUGUUUUUUUUAUGUAGUUUCCUUUUUUUAUUAUUAGUCCCUUUAAAAAAAAGA